AUGUCUCUCUAUGCUUCGACUGUUUGUGAACACCUCGUCCCAAAUAUUAUAAUCCAAAAAGACCGUUCACUCUUCCAACGUUCUUCAUCUAUCUAUCUAUCUAUUACAGCCUGUUCCUAUCUAUCACUAUCUAUCUUUCUUCAUAUCUAUCUAUCUAUCUAUCUAUCUAUUACAGCCUGUGCCUAUCUAUCUAUCACUAUCUAUCUUUCUUCAUAUCUAUCUAUCUAUCUAUUACAGCCUGUUCCUAUCUAUCUAUCACUAUCUAUCUUUCUUCAUAUCUAUCUAUCUAUCUAUCUAUAUCAUCUUUUUAUAUCUAUCUAUCUAUUUAUCUAUUUCUUUCAGUCUUUUUAUAUCUAUCUAUCUAUUUAUCUAUUUCUUUCAGUCUUUUUAUAUCUAUCUAUCUAUUUAUCUAUUUCUUUCAGUCUGUUCAUAUCUAUCUAUCUAUUUAUCUAUUUCUUUCAGUCUUUUUAUAUCUAUCUAUCUAUUUAUCUAUUUCUUUCAGUCUGUUUAUAUCUAUCUAUCUAUCUAUCUCUUUCAGACUAUUCAUAUCUAUCUAUCUAUCUAUCUCUUUCAGCCUGUUCAUUAUCUAUCUAUCUAUUUCAGCCUGUUCAUUAUCUGUCUAUCUAUCUAUCUAGCUCUGUUCAUAUCUAUCUAUCUAAGUCUGUUCAUACCUGUCUAUCUCUCGAUCUAUCUAUCUCUUUCAGUCUGUUCAUAUCUAUCUUUAUAUCUAUCUAUAUAUCUAUCUAUAUAUCUCAAUCUGUUCAUAUCUAUCUAUCUAUCUAUCUAUAUAUCUUAAUCUGUUCAUAUCUAUCUAUCUAUCUAUCUAUAUAUCUUAGUCUGUUCAUAUCUAUCUAUCUAUCUAUAUAUCUUAGUCUGUUCAUAUCUAUCUAUCUAUCUAUAUAUCUUAGUCUGUUCAUAUCUAUCUAUCUAUCUAUAUAUCUUAGUCUGUUCAUAUCUAUCUAUCUAUCUAUAUAUCUUAGUCUGUUCAUAUCUAUCUAUCUAUAUAUCUUAGUCUGUUCAUAUCUAUCUAUCUAUAUAUAUCUCAGUCUGUUCAUGUCUAUCUAUCUUUCUAUAUAUCUCAGUCUGUUCUUAUCUAUCUAUCUCAUUCUGUCCAUCAUUUAUUUCACUGUCUCUAUAUUUUUUCUUCCCUCCUCCCUGUCGCCUUCUCUUUCUAUUUUCCUUUUCUUUCUCCUCUCCGUCAUCAGUCUGUGUGGAAAGGAGAGAUUUGCCACUUGUCUAUUUCGUGUGUCUCUGUUUCUUUCUUUCUGCUUUGACAUCUUCAUAUUUAUCUAUCUAUCUAUCUGA